UUGAUUUAGUUUUAGUAGAUUGUCGUUUUAGAAAUAUUAUAACUCUUAUUGAAAGGAGUAAUCAACACAUUUGCUUUGAAACCAUUAUGUGUGUACAAUAUAAUUUCUAAAUAAGUUCAAUGUUAAAAACAGGUUAGCAAGAUUUAUAAGACACGAUUUUCCAUCUGUUCAAGAAUUAAAACAAUACUGAAAAUGCCUAAGCGAAGAAAGCAAAAUCUACAAUCUACUUCUUCAUUAUACUUUGAUGUGAUGCAAGAAAAAACACAAGCUGAAAAUGUCAAGAGAAGUAUGAAUGAAAAAUUGUCAAUGAAAGCUAAUUCAGAACCAGAACUGUUGUUUCUACAGUUUGACCCAAACAUAAAAAACAGUAGAACAUCAUCAUCCGUUAAUAAGUGUACACCUAGUGGUUCCACCUGCAGGAAGCCUUGGCAACCUCCCUUUAAAGUUGACACUCAAUGUGAAAAUACUGAAUUUAACACAACAUACUUGAACAAAGGUAAACUCUCAAAUGAAAGGCUAUUUCCUGAAGAAUGCAAAGAAAACAUUCCUGAUUAUACAUAUAAAAAACAUAAGUUGGACAUGUCUAGUUCGACUAAUUUUAAAAACACAACUUAUAAAGACAGCAAUCACUUUGAUUCUGAAAAACUCACUUCAUCAACAAACACAAAAAUAAAUGAUGUACAAGACUUCAUUAAAAAAAUGAAACAUAAACAGAUAUUUGAUAAUGGCAAUUUUAAUAUUGAAAAUUGCAAAGAAAUACCACUUUCAAUUCAGGAUGACAGUAAUAAAAGACAUGAUGGUACAACAGAUAAGUGUAUCUUAAAUCCUACCCAUCAAAUAAAUAAAAACCCAAACAUAAAUGAAACUUUAACAGUAAACCAAGAUACAUUACAAUUAUUUAAUGAUGAUGAAUGUGGUAAGAUCAAACAGGUGGAAGAUAAUGGUCAUGUUAUUAAUGAACACAAAGUUCAAAGUUAUACUAUACAAUUUCAAGAUUCUCAAACUGAAGAAAAUUUUAUGAAUGGUCAUGAAGAGCAAAACACAAAUGUUAAGGAUGACUUAAACCCAAACUGUAAUCAAUUACAACACCUGUAUAGUGAUAUUCAACAAAACAUCAUCCUUAAGUCUGGAGAUUAUAGUGAAAUAGAUACAAUAACAACGUUUAAUAACAAUAUUGUAAGUGGAAACUUAAAUGGGGAAGGAGAUAAAGUAAAAUCAAUUAUUACACUUAAAAGUCAAGCUUACCUCCAUGAACAAAUAAUCAAAAUAACUACACCUGAGCUAAAUAAGGAUUGUGAAGAAAAAGAUAGUACAAAUUAUCAUAGAGAACAAGAAUCUAAAUCUAGUUUAAGGGAACAAAAAGAUGAAGAUAUUCAGAAAAACCAAAAAGUAGAUACACGUGUAAAUGAAAUCCACUUCAGUGAAAUGAAAAAUUGUUGUGAACAUGAUGUUAUAAUGAAAGCAAUGAAUACAAUUGAUAAUAAAAGGCAUCUUAAAGAAUUUAAAGGAAAAGUAUUAGAAUCAACAUCACAAAAUAGAGAUAAGAAAGAGGAGGGAUAUAAAAGUAUCAAUCUUCACAGUGGCAGGGAAUAUGAAGCCAUAUUACCAAAUAAAAAAGAAAAAUUUGAAGAAAAUAAAUGUAAAGAUGAUGAAGAAAAAGAAUUAAUAUCUACAGUGAAGAAAGAACUUGAAAACAUUGAAGAGAAUCAAAGUAUUAAUGAGUAUGAAGAAAAAGAAUAUAAACUCAAUAUACAAGAUCAAAAUGUAAAUCUUCUGGGGAAUAAAUGUAUUGAAAAUUGGGAAGAAAAAGAAUUAGUAUCCACAGUACAAGAACAAAAAGGACAAGAGGAAGGAAAUGAAAGUAUUAACAUUCUUGGAGAAAAGGAAUGUAUACCCUCUACAUUAGAUCAACAUGAAACAUUGAAAGAAAAUGAACAUUUUAAUCAUUGUGAAGAAAAAGAAUUAAUAAAUACUGCACAAGAACAACAUGAGAAAGUUGAAGAAAAUAUUAAAAAUCAUGAAGAAAUUUUAUAUAGUUCCACAACACUAGAGAAGUAUGAAAUAUUGAAAGAAAAUAAUUAUUUUAAUGAUUCUGAAGAAAAAGAAUUAAUAUACACUGUACAAGAACAACAUGAAAAAAUUGAAAAAAAUAUUAAUAAUUAUGAAGAAAAAUUAUAUAACCCCACCAGACUAAAUCGGUAUGAAAAAUGUGAAGAAAUUAUAUUUAUAGAAGAGAACAAAGAAAAAGAAUUCAUAUGCCAUGAACAAGAAAAAAAUGACAUAGACAAAGUAAAGGAAAGUACAAGUGAUAAAGAGGAAUACGAAUAUAAACCCAACACACUAAAUCAACAUGAAAUAUAUGAAGAAAUUGAAUGUUUUGGUAACUAUAAAACAAACAUAUCAACGGUACAAAUAAAAAAUAAGGAAGGAGAAAGUUAUAAUGAUUUUGUGAUGGUUGAUUCAUUAUUUGAAAAUAGUGAUUCUUCUGAGGAGGAGGGAGAAGUUUUAAAUGAAUUACUGAAUGAAAAAAGUACAUGUUUGAAUGAAACUGAUAAAUGUUCGCAACAUUCUAAAUGUAAAAGAAUUUCAUAUUCUUUGGAACCAACAGAACUAUCAGGAGAAAUCAUAACCUCAAAACAUUCUAAUACUUGUGACAUUUAUGAUAAGAAUAUAAGUGAAGAGGUUAAUAAUGAAGAAGGUCUAAGACAAUCUCAAUCUAGAUUUACUUCUGAAAUUGCUCAUAUUGAAGAAAAUGGCUCUUAUUUGAUACCUUGUAGUACUAUUGUAAACAAUAAAAUUGAUAAACUAGAAGAAAUCGUUGAAGAUAAUAAUUUACAGGAACAUGGAGAUUAUGAUGAAUCAGUUGAGGAGGAAAGUUCAUGCAUGAUGAUAACCAACUCUCAGUUGUGUGAGAUAGAAAAAAGGUAUUAUGAUAAUAAUCAAGAGAAUAAAACUGUUCAUGUUCAAACGUUUACAGAUGAUAAAGAAAGAGACCUGAAAAAUGAGAGUAUAUUAGAAACUAACAAGACCAUAUCGAUUGGAACACAAACCGAUUUAAUUUUCGAUCAGUUAGUAUCUUGCAGUCAACAUAAUGCAUUGCUUCAUAGACCAAAUGUACAUAACCAUAAAAGAAUACAAGAAAUCCAAAUAAGAAUACAGAAUACCAUUCAAGAAAUAGAAAGAUUAAAUACUAUUUUACUCCAACAGAGACGAGAAAGUUGGCCAUGGAGGGAUUUCUCAGAGAAUUCACCAGAGUUUUCCAACACAAGUUUGUUGAGGAAAAAGUAAUUUAUCCUAUUAUAAUUUUUUUGAUGACAGAUUAUUACAAGAGUAACAAUAUCUUAGAACAUGAAUAGAAUAAUUGUUGAACAGUUUGAAAGUCCGUAUUGUUUUAAAUAAUUAUUAUAUUUAGAAAAUGAACUUUAGUACUGUAGUAAUUAAACUUUAGUAUUUAGAUAAUGUUAAAUGUGAGCUGUGGAGGUCUGACUGUGACAGGAAUUUACAUUUGUAUUGCACAAGGAUAAUGAUAAUCUUAAACAAUUUUACUCUCUUAAUUUUUGUUUGUAGAUAUUUACGAAACUUCUUAUUUUGAACAUACAAUUUAUAGCAUCCAAAUUAUUUUUAGUAUUUCUAGUACAAUAUUCAGUUAUUAAAAGAAUAUCAGUGAAAAACAUUAAAACGUUUUAUUAUGAAAAAUUAUCAAUAUUUUUCUAACACUCCUAAGGUGGAUGUAUAGUUUAAAAUGAGUCAUUUUAGAAAAUAGUAUAUGUAGCUAAAAAUAAGGUAUAAUUGUUUUUAUGGUUUAGAAGUAUUGGAUUUUCAGGGCAGCCAGCUCUCAAUCAUUUGUUUUCUUACAGUUAAUGUCAGAUAAAUAAAUGCUCUACAUUAUAUUUUUGAAAUGUUUAACUCAGGUUAAAACAGCAAAAUAUAGUUUUAUACUCGUAUUUAUCGAAAAUGAAACAUUUACAGUAAUAAAAAAUGUAAUUAGUGAGUAAGUUAAACUAAGAAACUUCUUUGCAAAUGUAAACUAAUAUAAAUUACUAUCUCAUUGUUGUCAAGUAUAAAUAUU